AUGAGGUUGCAGAAGGUCACUGUGAUGGGUUGGGCAGAGCAAAAGAAGGUACUGAAAGCAGUAAGGAAGACUGGUCGGAGGGCAGAGCUGUGGCCAUAUCCAUACAACCCAGAACACCAUGCCUUGGCUCGCCAUUAUGCCAAUGAUUCUGGGAACAACUCUUACUUUGCUUCUUCCAAACCCUCUUCUUCUUACAAUUACUACAAGCAUGGAUACAGUUAUGGUGAAGACUUUGGCUAUUACCAUAAGCCAAUUGGUGCUACAUUGAUUGAUGAGAAGGCCAUGGCUUUGUUCAGUGAUGACAACCCUCAUGCGUGUUCUAUCAUGUGA